AUGCGCCGAACUGCCCAAAAUAAGCAUGUGACGAAACCAGACACUCUGGUAUCUACCGAUUUGAGUAUGUCUGCUUCCUCUAUGGACAAAUCAUUUCUUGUACACAAUGCCAACUGUUCAGUUUUUCUUCGUCCUUCGUUACCACCUCCUUUGUCAUCUCCGUCAAUGGUUGGCAAGCGAACUCUUCGAUCAGCUUAUCAAGCUUCCUUACCUAACAUCCCAGAGCCAAAACCCUCUGAUGAGGCGCAUCGUUUCGUUCCACGAUGUCAAUCGAAACGCAGACUUGCAAUCAGGACCUCGGUAACAAAUAUUAGCCAAUCAGACGCGCAAUCAAUCCCUGACAAAUUAGCUCCAAACUAUUGUAGGCGCUCUGCUAGAAACUGUAGAUCUGCUUCGAUCACUCCUAAUGAUCGACACAUGCUCAGCCGUCGUGCUACUGUUUCACGCUGCCAUGCCGUCCUUAAAGAUGAGAAUGAAAAAGUUGAUGUCCGUACGACAGCAUUCUCUCUUCCACUUUCCCGAAUCAGUCCAGAGUCUCAACGAAAGCCAGAGCAAAAACUGAGAUCUGUGACAAAUCGAUUACUUCGUUCUUCUCUUAGUUCAUCUAACCUUGAAAAUCUAAAUUAUGACUCAUCUUCGCCAAACCUGAAGACUAUCAGAAGAAAGUCCGUUCAUUUUCUCAAGGAAGAAGUAGUGCAAAGCCAAUCGGAGGCUACUUUAUUCAAUAAUUCUGGAGAUCAUACUAAGCCUGUAAGCAUUUACAGAUAG